GUUUAUAUGCUGUCAAUCUCCAACUCAAAGAGGGAGAGGUCAAUGUUGCUAGCAUAGCGGGCUGCAUACAAAAUCUGGAAGUCAGUAAAGUUACCUUUUAAUCUCAACCACAGUCUGAUUUCCUCAAGGUAACACCGAAACGACGCCAUGAGUUCUUCCUCCUCUACGGUAAGCAGCGAAUUAUCGAGCUUUACUUCUUGUUUAUUAGCCUCGCCAUCGGUUUCAUUCAGCUAAUAGCCUUUAAGCUAACGUUGUUUGUUGACACAGUCCUCCAGUACUGAAGCUAGAACAAAACACACUCAGCGUUAGCUCUAUUCCAACACCUAAUCUGUUCUUAGGCUUUAAUUUGCUUACAUUAUAGUAGAUUAAUCCUGUUUGGGGAACGCCACCUGUGACAAACUUUGUAGACUAACACUGAUUUAGAUUUGGAGAGUUGAAAGGAAAAUAAUCAGGGUAUAUAAAACGAAAGUAGUAUACUGGUAUAUGAUUGGAAGAGAGAUGAAAUGUAUUUUAGUGAUCAUAGCUAAAUAUUGGCACCAGAUCCCAUAUUAAGCAGUUAAUAAACCAUUAUCAGCAUGUUGACACACUGUACAGAGUAAUAUGGACACUGCUGUGAUCAUCCUCAUUAAACAAUAUUUUGUAACUCAGUAAUAUAACAACAAAUACUUGCCAAUCCAUGACAUGAAUAUCAAAUGUAAAUUGUUUAUAUAAGUAAAUGUUCACGCUAGUUACUUGUUUAAAGGAAGGAUAAGGACAACAAAACACUAGAAAGGUUGUGUGAUACAAAAGAGAAAGAAAAAGCAAACAGCUAUAAAAAUCCUUCAAUUAAUGACUAAUGACUGUUAACAUGACUCGGUAAAAAAAGGCCACUUACAGAAAUGCUGAGUCUCCCAGAAGUACAGAUUCACAUCUCUGUUGAAGACAAAGAUAUGGUUCAACUAUUUCAGGAUUAUGUUCUUCAGUGUAAAAUUGAUUUACAUUUUGGGAUUUCAUCAUCCACAGAACAUAAUAUUGAUUAAAAAAUGCAGAAAUUCCAGUGAAAUCCCUGAAAGGCUGAAAACUAGAACUGCAGGGCUGUGAUCAUUUGGCCCUCGAGUUGCACUGCAUUAAAAAUAGACAUAACUCUGUAGUGGAAGUCACUGCAUCGGCUCAGAAUCACUUCCUCAAACCACUGUCUGCAAUCAAAGCAUGUGACUGUAUCUACAAAUGCAGGUUGAAAAUGUACCAUGGAAAAAAGGAAGUGUAUGUGAUAUCUAUAAAGAUGGACUGAAGCAAAGUGGGAACCUUCUCUGCAGUCUGAGAAGAUUUGAUAUUCUAUUUUAAAAUCAUGGACGCUGUGUCUUAUCUUCUGAAGAGGAAACAGACUACCUGAUUUGUGAGCACAGUUCCAAAUCCAGCAUCAGUGACAGUAUGGGGACUUGUAAAUACACAUGGUAUGAAUAAUAUAUACAGGUAUACAUGUAUUCUUUUUGAGACCUGUUGCUAGCAUCAAAUUUAGAGUGAGCAUAAAGAUUUGAUAAAAUAAAAUUCUUCAGUUUUGCUAUUUGAUAUGUUGUUCUUUGUCCUGUUUUUAACCAAAUAUAGGGUUGAAAUGAUUUACAACUGUCAAAGUCUGCUGUUGUUUUUGGAAAUAGGGCUCUAUAAUUGUAACAUAUAAGGCAAUUUUAGCUCAAGUGCACUGUAUUUCAGAUGUGAAUUAAACAGGAUUGUCCUUGGAUUUUAAAAAUGAAAACAAGCUUGUUCAUUUUUCCAUUUAUAAUGUCAGAUAGUGAUAGUGACAAUUCCACAAACAGCAAAUAACAUACAUUUUUAAUUUGCUUGUUCAUCAGACCAUUGGGGAGUUAUUCCUCACCCUCAGUGAGAUGGGAUUCACCGAGGAACAGAUCCAGGCAGCCAUGCAGGCAGGGCAUUUUUCUGUGACUGAUGCAGCUGAGUGGUGAGUUGUCUCUAUCUUAUUCUCAAGUGUUAAAUAGAUUUUUAAAAAUUACUUCCAGUUUCUAAAAAAGCUGCUUCCUUCUGUGAACUCCAUCUGUGUUCCUUUCUCUUUUGUUAAUAGGCUUUUGCAGGGUCAGUACCCGCGACACAGGUUGGUCAAGCAGUCAUCACAGCCGGCCGACACAGCGAUCUCUGCUUUCAAUCCACCCAAAGAGGCAGCGAGCACUUCAGACAGCAGAGGUUAGCACAAAGACGUCUUUACCUGACAUUAAAGUUAUUUCUUGCAAAUAGUCUGUUAAGGUGCAAAUAAGGUCUUCUGUUAAGUACUUUUGAAUUUUACUUUGACAGCAUCCCCAUCACUGGUGCUGAGACCAUCACAGUCAUGCAACCUGUCCCCUGAACCGCUUCCUGUUGAGUCACGUAUCAAACAGGACAAGAGUGACUUUGAAGAGCAGCAGAGACAACGCAUAGCUCAGGAGGCCAGAGCAGAGAGGAGGCAGAAGAAACAGGUGAGCAGAGCUGCACAAGAAGCUGCAGCCGGAGGGCAAAUUACAUCUGUGACAUUGUUUUCAAUCGCAGAACAUCGUAUGGUGUUUUGUUUCUCUAUCAGGAGCGUGAGUUGGUGUUAAAGCGGAUUGCAGAGGAUCGGAAGAGCCUGCAGCAGAAGAUCCAGACCAGCGCCGCCACAGAGACGUCUCCCCCCAGUGGUCAAGGGCAGAAGCUUGGAGGAAAAGUGCAGACAAAUGUUGACAACAACUGUGUCCUCAUGGUAAAGAUCGCAUUUAUUCUGUGGCUUGUUUUCAGUCAUGUUACAAAAGUGCAUUUGUUCAAAUCUUCUGUUUUCAUCUGUAGAUCCGGCUGCCAUCCGGUGAGUCCAUGCGUGAACGCUUCCCAGCCGAUGCUCCUUUACGCAGCGUCGUGGAGCACAUCACCGGACGUCACCCCUCCCUCCCCUCCUUUUCUCUCCUCCAGGGUUUCCCUCGGAAACGCUUCGGGGAGGCAGAGCUCGCAUGUUCACUUCGCUCGCUCGGUCUCACACCAAACGCUGCACUUUGUAUUCAGACCACUCCCCCAGAGACACCUCAGGAUGCGCAGAGCCCGGCAGCUCCUGCACAACCAGUGGAACAGAACGAGCCAGCUCUGUGUGUUGUACCUCCUCAGCCACAAAUCCCCGUCCUGGAGGGGGCGGGAGGGCGGGAUUUUGUUCCUCCUCCUCCACUACCUAAUCAGUUGUGGGAGGAGGCGGUGAAUUAUGCAGGAAUACCAGGAGCAGGUCCAUCUCUGUCUGGGCCAUCUCACUUCUGGGGUGAGUACAGCACCAUUUCCAAAAAGGCGAGGACACUGUAAAACGUUUAGAAAAGCAGAAUUUAAAGGAUAAUGGUGCAAAGUCAAAUAAUAAAAGUGAAAAAUAAAACAGUGUGUGAAAGUGAGGUGACCAGAUUUCAGCCCUCAACAGUUUGGACUCACUUUUUGUCAUAUAUUCCAUUUCAUGUUGCACCCAGUGAUUUCAGUGGGUGACAAGUCAUGCCAUUUAAGCCCUCAGACUCUUCAUUAUGAAACCAUGCUGUGAUACAGCAUUACAUGAAAAAUGUGGUCUUGUCUGGCUGAAAUGUGGGUUGUCUUUACCAAAAUUCUUGGGAGUCAGGCCCUUUGGAGCGUCUCUGGUGCCCUUCUCACACCCACUCAUGUUGUUGCAGCAUUACACAACUUUUCCAGUGUUUUGUUGUCCUCUGUCUGACUCUCUUGAAAUGUGUCACCGGCUUAGAAUUGGCACCUUUUUUUUUUCCACAAAACACUAAAAACAUUUAGUUUCAAUAUGUUGUCUUUGCACUAUUUAAACAGCCUCCAAACUUUUAAAAGUUAGUGUUUUGUUGAAUGUUUUACAUCUAUUUUAUGGUUUGGGUGCUUUAAAAGUGAUGCAAAUUAUUUAGUUUUGUCUCGUGGAGUCUUCUUGCUCUGAUUCCUAAAUUAAGAAUUUCAAGUUUUUUUAAAAACUAUUUCCUGAAAGGCGCUGAACUUGAACUUAGACAGCUUUAAAAAUCUUUUAAACAGGACGAGGUCAGAGAUUGGUUCCUGGAGAAGCUGAGGACCCUGCUGGAAUAGAAGUUGAUGAAGAACAGGAAGAGGAGGAAGAUCCACCGUACAUGCUUAACGGUACGGCUCAGGGUCGAUGCGAAUACUUCAUCCCUUCUAUGACCUGUUUUUUCCCGCCUCCACGUGUCUCUGGUUUCUGUGGUACUUUUUGUUCUCCCCUCAGACACGGAUGAAUCAGCCUCUCUCUUUCAGACACUGGAGUAACUUUCUUUCAGUUUCAUACUUACAUGUUGCAUAAUCUUGUGGUGCGCAGAUCAUUGGACUGACUGCCCCAGUAAUGAGAGUCGUAUGUUAGAAAGAUUAGGAUUAGGAAAUAUGUGGGUGAAUGCCCUUUUCUGACAAACAUAUUGCACACAGGGUCAGAACUGCUGAUCCAGACCGACAGGAGCUGAGUUUUCUAUGUGUGUACAGCCACGCAGCAAAUCAUAUGCAGCCUUUCAGAAGCAUGUGGUCUAGAUAUAGUAACCCAACCACCAGAGCAGAGGGUAGAAGGAGCUGAAUCACAGUCUGAGUUAGAGAGACCCAGAGGCAAUGAUGCUGAUAAGAGGUGUGGGAUUGACUUUUUUUCCUUCUGUUGAAGAUUUUUCAGGACUAGACAGAUUGUUAUUUUUUUGUGACGUCUGUAACUCCUGACGGUGGAUGACAUUUGUGGAUUUUGUAAUCUUUGCAGGAAUGCCAAGGUUGCCUUUCUUUCCAGAGAACCGGUUUCGUGGAGAGUUUGAGCCCCGGCACCACUGGCCAGAGCAGGGCAAUCGACUCAGGUACGUGUCUGAACGGAGUGGCCCUUAUCAGAUCUAAUACCUGUUAUGCCUGCAUGUUAAUCCAACUCACUGUAAGGGUUUUAAAGCAAGUUAAAAUGAAUGAUUUUGAAGGCAGCUGCUGACUAAAUGACUGUGAUUUUAAGCAGUUUUAUUUAUACAAACUGUAUAUAAAAAAAAGAUAUAAAUUUACUUUAGCAGCACAGAGAUUUGAUUUGAUUUGAAAAUCUUUAAUGUCCCCGAAGAGCAAUUUAGUUUGCAACAGGAGUGACAACAUACAUCACUCACAUAACAACAACACAAUAAAUCUAACAAAACACUAAUCACAGUUUAACAGGUGCAUUGUUCCCAACCAGCCCGCCUACAGGUUAUUUAAAGGCCUAACAGCAGAUGGGACAAAUGAUCUAAGAUACCUAUUUGUUACAAACUGUACGUCUUUGUUUCAGGGAGGCUCCAGAGGAGGACCCAGCAGAGCCUGAAGAUGCAGGGGGUCGGGUGGCUCCUGGAGCCGCAGGUCUGGCUGCAGUGGAGCGUCUUCAGCGAGCUGCUCAGCAAGAAGACCCCCGUGUCUCCCAGGGACAACCGUCCCCUCCUAAAAGACCGUUCAGGACCCUCAGUGUGCCGUCCUUAUGUGCCUUAGCCACCCGCGCCACUGUCCACCUCAUGACUGGUAAAAAAAAAAAAGACAGGAAAGAAUAAUCAGUCAGACUUGAUGAUUUAUCAGGAAAUGUGUCUCAUCGCUUUGUUUACUCACUGUCAUCUGUCAGCUCCCAGCAUGCAGUACAGCAGCAGUCUGGCAGGUCUCACUCCGGAGCUUGCAGAGCUUCUGCUCAACCACAUGUCCCGCGAGAGGCUCCUACGUCCACGCACCCUGGAGCUCUUCUUCGGCUGCCCGUUGCAGAAGUUUGUCCUAAACUGCUACCCUUAUUCCACCAAUGAGCUUUUGAGGCAGUUACGGGCCUUCACAGCGCUGAAGCAUCUCAGCCUGGUCAACUCACCUCUCAUUACAGGUCCAGAAUUUUUCAAAGGAUCAAAUUUUGAUGUUUUAUUUUUUUGUUAACUCUGCUGAACUUUUCAGCGGUUUCUGUGAGAAUUAAUUCAACUCUCCUAAUCUGUAAUUUUCCAGACUCGGGGCUCUCAAUCCUGUCCAGCCUGGUCAAACUCCAGUACCUCAACCUGGCCUCCUGUAGCAAACUUACAGACUCCUGCCUACAGCAAAUUACAGGUUAGGCUGCUAACAAGCUGACUUGCUAACAGGGAUUAGUGCGUUAUUACAGAGAAUAAAAGGUUAUGUAAUGCCACUUUGAAGGCAUUUCCAAUUACGUGCAUGAACGCCAGGUCCUAACAUAAGCUGCUCUGCGUUGGGCACAGUCCUCGUUCUUUGUGCUGAAGGAGUUUUCACUCUAUGAUUUUUUUUCUCAUGUCUGUGUCUUUAAGGAUUAAAGAGCUUGGGUUACUUGUCCUUGGACCAGACCAAAGUGACCGAUGCAGGGAUGGUACUUUAUCUCCAGUCGGCUCCGUCCUGCCUCUCUCAGCUGAGCCUGAACCAGACGGCUGUAACAGAUGCCACAUUAGCAGUCCUUCCAACAUGUGUGCCACAGUUACGGCUCCUCAGUAUCAAGCAGACAAAGGUGGCUCAGCUCCACAAGCACACCAGAAAUGUGAACCAUGGCAUUGAUUUUCUGCGAUGCAAAGAAUUUUCCUCCUGACUUUCAUUUCUAAUGUUGUCCUCAGGUGAAGGAUGUGUCCGCUUUGGCGCAGCUGUCCAGCCUGCAGACUCUGAACCUGGAUGGAACAGGUGUGACAGAGAGCUCUCUGGAGCACCUUGCCUCUCAUCCUACCCUGACGUCUCUGAGUUUGGCGGGAAUCUCUGUGAAUGAUGGAAAUCAGGCUCUGCAGAUCAUCUCAGGUUUGUACAUUGAAAUCAAUACACUUUCUUUACACAUUUUCACUCUUCAUCCUGUCUGUAGAGUGAUUUUGCAUGAUUUGCAACUAACCCUCAUUUCAGUACUAUUGAUUCUGGCGAUAACUCAGAUACUCACAGAGGUUCCUCUUUCCCUCUCAGGUCUGAGGCUAACUCAGCUGACCCUCCCUGGACGCCACUCAGUGACAGACAGCGGUUUGUCUUUCCUCUCCAGACUGUGUCUGCUGUCAGAGCUGGACCUGACAGACUACACACAGGUCACAGACCAGGGAGUCAGCCAGCUCUCCACCAUGAGCAGGUAAACCCCAGCUUUAAGAACAGUUUCUUGUUGUCUCACUAUGACUACAGCAGGAUUAUGUUUGUUUAAAUGUUGCGUUAAAUUUGUGUAGGUUGAAGAAGCUGUCGCUCAGCAACACUCAGGUGACAGACGCUGGGCUGCCGUCUCUGCGCGGUUUGCAGGAGCUGCAGGAGCUCUGUUUGGACCGGACAGCAGUCACAAGCCGUGGAGUGGCUGAGCUCAUCAUCUGUCUUCCUCACCUUCAGGUUAAUAAAACUGGAUUUUUUUUUGGCUAAAAUAUGGGGCUCAGACAGUGGGAUGAAGCUUAUUACUUGUCAUUCAGUAUUUAUUUGCAUGACAUGUAAUGGUUUGUGAAAUAUGAAGAGGAUUCGUCACAGCACUGAUUUUUCAUGAGCCGACAUUUUGCUGUUACUUUUUAGUAUGAGUUGAGAAGAGCUGCAGAACAGCUGUUUUGAGGCUUUAUGUACAUUCCCAUAUCAGUGUAUUGGUUGAAACAGCUGUUGAGAAAAUGUACAAGUUAUAUAAUUACUUCUGUAUCUUUUUCUAUUGUAGGUGUUGGGAUUGGCCAGCACUCAGGUGGGAGACACAGUAGUGAGGAGAGGUCUGAUCCGCUGCAAUCACCUUGUGAAGCUGAAUCUGAGUCGCACACGGAUCACAGACCACGGUGAGAUCGAUCUCUUAAUCUAGGAAUUCCUAAACAUUAAAUCUACAGUGUGUAGAAUUUAGCUGUAUUCGUCACUGAGUAUUAUCACUUUCAUAUAGAUUAAAUUGAACCUUUCUAGCUAAAUAGAAGUAGUUCCCCUCCAAAUGAAACUUCUUUUUGUCAUGUUUCUACUGAAGCUCAGAGGGGACAAACAGGUAACAUGGGCAAUUCUAUCCAUAUUUAGCCAUACAAAAGGCACUAGUUGGAAGUCAAACAUGAAGAAAAGAGUGGUUGUUGUACACAAAAAAAUCUGGAGUGAUAAAAGUGUUUGAUUAUUAGAGCGUGACAAAUGAAGGUAGUAAGCAUUGGAGCAUUUAAAUCAAGAAUCCUGUAUCUGCACACACAUGUAAUAAUAAAGCAUCGACUGAAUGGUGUUAUGAAAAAUAAGAAAAACGUGACUAUUCUCUGAUGAUAGCUUGCCACCCUCAGCUGUUGGCUUUUGUUUAUGGAGCUUUUUCAUGUCGCUCUGACAGCCCACACAGCUGUCAGUGCGAUUGCCAUCACUACUGCUUCGCAUUGUUUUGUACUUAACUCACCAAACUUCUACCUCACGCACUUUAUGUUUAAACCCCACUCAUAUUAGAUAUUAUCAUACUCAUAUGCCUCACUUAAAGCCUGCUUUGGGAUCGCUUUUAAGCUCAGGGUGGUAUAACCUUUUUUUUUUCCCCUGGAUUUGUUUUUGCUCAGGUCUAAAGUUCCUGAAACACAUGCACCUGGCUCAAGUCAAUCUGGAUGGAACCGGCGUGAGCCUGGUGGGUAUCGCAAACCUCCUCUCUUUCACAAACAUCAGCAGCAUUCGGGCCAGCAACACCCGCAACAUUUCCCCCGAUGAUGUCUCAGAUGAGGAGUGGGAAGCCCAGUGAGUGCUGACAUUUCAGUUCGGUCCAGUCAUACUGUACCCGACAACACCUUGGGCCCCCCUCUGCUGCGGGCCCCUAUUAACCCCCUCCCAUGAAUCAUGCUGCUGCCAUGAUGCUUUGGCAAACAGCGUAAUCGAAAAACACUCCUAACUUGCACUGUUUCAACUGCAGCUAGUGCCACUAAUCUACCAAUCAUGCACGCUACCAAGUUGAAACCUUAAACAGGGGCCUCUUGUUAAAAAACCCAGGCUAUUUUCAAAGUUUACAUGCUCUCAUAAUCGAUCUGUAUUGCAAAAACGGCAACCUUUGUCUGAGGAGAUAUACCGACAAACUCCAGCUACAGCUUUAAAGCUUUACCUGCAGCCUUAGAGGUUGGAGCUGCCUGCGCUCCUCCAUUUAGCAGGGAGAUGUUAAAUGAAGGAAAUGUAAGUGAAAUCACAGCAUGUAUAAUCAGACUUACAAACUAAAAGAGUGCUUUGUGUAGAAUUUAAAUCAAAACCUUAACAGCAGAAUUUAAUUUCAGAGAAGUUUGGCUGAAAAUGUUUGUAAAGGAAGCAAAGACGGUCUUCCACGUGGCCUGGAUCUCAGAUCUGUCUUUGGAUCUGGAGGUGUGUUUAUGUGAUGUUGGAAAAAUUACAUCUAUAAUUUGUGGCUAAUGUAAAUCUCCAGAUGAUAGUCCAGAUUUUCAGCUCAAAUAUUUGACACUUUUUUUUCUUCUAUUAAACUGGGAGUAAACGCUCCUGCAGAUGAUGUCAGCCUUUGGGGAAAUACAGAUUUUUACCUUUAGUGCAAUUAUUAUUAGGCUAAAGACACAUCAGCUUGAUUGAUCAGCUUCACAUCCAUCAAAAUUUAAGUUCAUUUUUCCACCGCGUCACAAAGUAUUUGUGCUGUUUCUUGACUUUACUAGAGGGCACAGUUUUAGUUUUAUCCUACUGGAUAAUAGUGAUUUUUUUUUUUCUUCUUUUUUGUGAUGAGAUGUCGAUUAUAAUACACUAAUUUGUCAAAAUGAGAAAUAUUUCUCAGGGAGGUUAGUGACUAAACAUUUGCUAACAAGAAUUUGAUCGUGUAACGACAUAAUACUUCAGCGUGUUAACUGGAAAAUGUGUUGUAAUGAAGAAAGAAGUGUAACAUGCGUAAGAUUUAGUUUGAAAAGGGGAAAUUGGACAAAUUUGUAGAAGUCAUGGUUGAGUGUUACACCAUCAGUUUGACACAAACACAGCUUUACAGUUGUUUAAAUCUCAUACUGUAUGAUGCCACCUGUUUGAAUGUUAGUUUACUGUAAACCAAAAGUCACCUGAACUUAGCUGCAUCCUGGAGAUGCAUUUGAUCCAGCCUUGUAGUAACUCAGAAAACUGUACGUUCGUAUGUUAGCUUCAUUUAUGCACCAUCAGUGUUUCUGUUAGUCUGCUCAGUCAUUGUCGGAGGGGCUGAGUGAGCAGCGUGGACAGUGUAGUGUUUCGGCUAUGAUGACAUAGCCGUGUGGCUGGCAGGCCAAAAUCCAAAGCAACUUCAAGUUUUGUCCUCUUGUUUACAGAGAUGCAAAAUAGUUUAUUUUCCCUAACAGUUUUUUGGUUUUUGGCUACGAAUUCUGUAUUCUUUAAGUUUUCAAUGAAUAAUAAUAAAGUCUUGUAAAUCUAGA